AUGACCGCCCCUCAUGGAUUGGUUCACACCACCAGCAACAGAACCCCGUUCAAGCGGAUCAAGCCAGAAGAUCAGCGCGAGAACCCAUAUGUCCACCUGAUUCCGAAUCAAGACAUUGCCAUUAUCCCCGAAUAUACCCUCGAAUCCGGCACCACCCUUCGCAAUGUGCCGCUGGCGUACAAAACAUACGGGUCGCUCUCGCCCGAGUGUGACAACGCCAUGGUCAUCUGCCACGCCUUGACCGGGAGUGCAGAUGUGCAGGAUUGGUGGGGUCCGCUGUUGGGUGGGCCGGCGGGAAAUGGCAAGGAGGCAAGAGCAUUCGACAUUUCACGCUUCUACGUGAUUUGCAUGAAUAGCCCAGGCAGUCCGUAUGGGAGUGCCAGCCCCGUCACCGCCAAGGACGGCAACCCGGAGAAUGGAAAUUAUGGGCCAGACUUUCCCUUGACGACAAUCCGAGAUGAUGUCAACCUAUUCAAAGUGCUGUUGGAUGAGCUUGGAGUGAAGCAGGUGGCGGUGGUGAUUGGAGGGUCGAUGGGUGGCAUGCUGGUCCUGGAGUUUGCCUACUUUGGCAAGGACUACGUGCGGACCAUUGUACCAAUGGCCACAUCUGCGAGAUACAGUGCGUGGGGAAUCAGCUGGGGAGAGGCUCAGCGUCAAAGCAUCUACUGCGAUCCAAAGUACGACGAUGGAUACUACACUUUCGAGGAUCCACCAGCGGCCGGCUUAGGUGCGGCUCGCAUGUCUGCUCUCCUCACCUACCGCAGCAGAGAUUCAUUCGAAUCGAGAUUUGGCCGCAAGCACGAAGAUCCAAAAUCUUCCAAACAGAACAUCAACGGGCCACAGAGACCACAGACACCCGAAAGCGAGCACUUUGCCAUUCACAACGAAGGCCACAAGAACGCUGGCUCGCCCAGACGCACUACAAACUCGAGCGAAUUUUCGCCAGGGUUGUCAGUGAAAGAUCCACAGUUCUCCGGUGCCGCAGAGCUUCCAGUCCAAGCCCAACCCAACCGCAAGAAAGUGUCAACUUACUACUCUGCGCAAUCCUAUCUUCGCUAUCAGGGCGAGAAGUUCAUCAAACGUUUCGAUGCGAAUUGCUACAUUGCAAUCACCCGUAAGCUGGACACGCACGAUGUGGCCAGAGGUCGUACCGAUACAACUGGUGCUCCGACUCCAGAGGAAGUACGGGCCGCACUCGCCAUGAUCGAGCAGCCAACUCUCGUAUUGGGCAUCCAGUCCGAUGGACUUUUCACGUAUGCUGAGCAGCAAGAGCUCGCGGCUGCGAUCCCCAAUGCGACUCUGCAGACGAUUGAUAGUCCAGAUGGACAUGACGCAUUCCUGUUGGAGUUCAGACAGGUCAACACUUUCCUGCGUGACUUUAUGAACAAGGAGCUUGCCAAUAUCAUGGCGCGUGAGCCCGUGAACUGGCCACCAAAGCAGGAAGAGGCAAAGGAGGCGAAGGCUUCUACCUUUGGGGAAGCUGAGGUGGAGGAUAUUACGGCCUGGUAA